CUGCGGGCCACCGCGUUCCCGCUCGCUCUCGGGUUCCUUCUGUUCUCACGUCCCAUCCCACCUCGAACUUCGUUGCUCGAUCGCGCUCACGCCAGGCUGGGAGCCGCCCGUGUCACUGGUGGUCCUGUAAUACACAAAGCCCAGCGCUAUGGACGAGAAGAAGGAGCUCGACCUCCAGGCGGAGGCGGCCGCCGCCCAGGUGCGCCCAUUCUCGGAAAGCAACCCGCCCAUCGAGAACACGGCCGACCUGAAGACGCACAAUGUAUCGAUCGAGAAAGCCGGAUCCGAGGUCGAGAUCGAGGUUGAGGAGGAUCUCUACCGGCCUCUUCUGAUGGACGCUUCUAUCCCUCACGAGGAGAACCCGCUCACCGUCAGGGCGGUCGUGACCGGCUGCAUCCUCGGCUCCCUGGUUUGUGCAUCCAACCUGUACCUCGGUCUGAAGACGGGGUUCACGUUCAGCGCAAACAUGUUCGGCGCCAUCUUUGGGUAUGGUGUGUUGAGGCUGAUGGAGAAGUCGGGGCGUAAUUUCCCCAUCAUUGGCGGCCUCUUCGGGCCCCAGGAGAACUCCAUCGUCCAGGCGGCGGCGACGGGGGCUGGCGGCACCGGCGGUAUCUUCGUGGCUGCGCUCCCCGCCAUGUACCAGCUCGAUGUCAUGAACGGGCACAGCCCCACGCAAGAUAUCGGCAUCAUCUUCACUAUCACCCUCGUCACGUCCUUCGUCGGCAUGUUCUAUGUCACACCGCUCCGCAAGUUCUUCAUCAUCCAAGUCGCGCGGGAGCUGAAGCUCAUGUUCCCCACGCCGACCGCCGUCGCGCUCACCAUCCGCUCCAUGCAUGCGGGCGCGGCGGGGAGUCUUGACGCCAUCAAGAAACUCAAGUGCCUUGCGAUCUGCUUCAUCGGCGCGCUCUGCCACCGGGUGGCAUCCUACUACGCUAUUGGCAUCCUCUACGACUGGCACGUCUUCACCUGGAUCCACAUCUGGAGCGGCUACACCAGCUGGGCCCUGAACAUCGAGUCGUGGGGCUGGUACUUUGAGUGGACGCCCGCCUUCAUUGGCUCGGGCAUCCUGAUCGGCCUGAACCCGGCCAUCUCCAUGUUUGCCGGCUCCGUGAUCGCCUGGGCCAUCAUCGGCCCCGCCCUGGUGCACUACGGCGAGUGCAUUGGCCUCGAUGCCAGCGGCGACGACCCCAAGUGGAACGGCCUCUACUCGUUCACCUCGCUCUCCAAGCUGGGCGAGCGGACGCCUUCGCCGCGGUACUGGCUGCUCUGGCCCGGCGUCAUGGUCAUGGUGUGCUGCUCCAUGGCCGAGCUGUUCGUGCAGUACAAGGCCAUCUGGGCCGGCGCCAAGUCGGUAUGGUUCCAGUCCUGCGCGGGCAUCAACAACGCCCUCACGGCGCGCGGCAAGCAGAGCGCCUUCUUUGCCAAGCACGGCGCAUCGCGGGCCAGGGACGAGACCCUGGUCGAGGACCCGUUCCCGCCGGAGCAGCAGGUCAAGACGUGGAUGUGGACCCUCGGCCUCCUCGUCACUCUGGUCAUCGGCAUGAUCAUCUUCCACUUCCAGUGGGAGAUGCAUCCCGGCCUGACCAUCCUUGCCAUCGUACUGGCCUUCCUGUUCUCGUUCCUCGCCAUCCAGAUCGGCGCCGUGACGGAUAACACGCCGCUGACGGCCGCGUCCAAGGCGUCGCAGCUCAUCUUCGGCGGCGCCACCUCGCACAGCGGCUACUCGGUCCCGCACGCCCAGAAGAUCAACCUCGUCGCCGGCACUCUCGCCUCUGGCGGCGCCGACAUGGCCACGGCGCUGGUGAGCGACUUCCGUACCGGCUUCCUGAUCGGGACGUCGCCCAUCAAGCAGUGGAUCGCCCAGUGCAUCGGCGCCUUCUGCUCGGUCUGGCUCGGCCCGGGCCUGUUUGUGCUCUUCACCUCGGCCUACCCGUGCAUCUGGGACCCGACCAAGGUCGACGACCACUGCCCCUUCCUGGUCCCGUCCGUGUCGGCCUGGAAGGCGGUCGCGCAGGCCGUCACCGACCCCAACGUCAAGAUUCCGCUCAAGAGCGGCAUCUUCGCCAUCGUCAUGGGCGCCGUCUCCAUCAUCCAGGUCGUCGUCCGCCACUACUGGCUGGUGGGCCCGCGCGAGAAGUACCGCGCCUGGCUGCCCAACUGGGGCGCCAUCGCCCUGUCCUGGGUCAUCCCCGCCCCCGUGUUCGCCAACGCUGCGCUGCUUGGCGCCAUCGUUGCCGCACUCUGGAGGAAGUGGAGCAUGAGGACAUGGGACAUUUACGGUUACGCUGUUGCUGCCGGUUUCAUUGCCGGAGAGGGUCUCGGCGGUGUUGUGGGUGCCAUCCUUACGCUCGCCGGCGUCGAUGGAGGCACCUACGGCACGAUGGUCGCUUGCCCUGGUGGCUCAUGCUAAGUCGCAUUUCCACCAGCAGCAGCAGCAUGCAUGGUAGAUGGUGGCUCAGGUGGAGGGGUGGCGACUCUAUGAUUGGUGUUCCAGAUAUUUUGUUGUUGUUUGUUCGUUUAGGCACAUAUUGUGAGAUGACACGAGAUACCAAUGAGAUCAAGCUGGACGACCUGUGUAAUGACAACCCAAUACCCAUGUUCAUGACUCCAUGUCCAUCUCCCAUUUAACGCCCAUCAGUUUGAUGAUG